AAUGUCUACCGCAUCCCAAUUUGUUUAUUGACCCCACUGCGGGAACGAAACGAUCGUUGGCAAUCGUGAUUUGGCCUGUCGUUGAUCGGCUUUGUUGAACUGACGAAAAAAUUUAGCUGCCAAGUUAAUAGUAAGCAAUGGGCAAACAGUAGCCUAUGUUUGUCACUUUAGUAAACAUCUUCUCAACGCAGUACUUGCAGUUGAUGCUGGCAUUAUAAAACGGUCGAAAGGGAAGCGUAGCUGUGCAGCGCGUUGCUUGUGAAAAAUUUUGCGUCGAAUAUUGAGAAAAGAACAAUGGCGACAAACAAUGUAAAGCUGCCGGACUUGAUCCACAAAUGGAUUGAAGUGCAAAAAAAAGUCACUGAAUUGGAACGAGCAAAGCCACUCGAUAUUGACGCAAUCAACUUGACACUCUUGCUGAAAUCGAUGGGCCUGCGGUUACAGUAUCUGGACUUCGAGGCGGAAAAAAGCAAUACCGAUAACCUGACGAUCACCGUCAAGUGCAACAAAUCCGGCAUGAAGGCGGAACUAAGCUACGAUCUGUUGCGAUGCAGCUGCCCGGAGAAAACGGAUCGUGAAAGCUCCUUUUGGGAGGUGCAAGGAACGGGACCGAAGGUGUUUUCUAAGUAUAAGAACAAUGCUUCGUCCAACCUGUUGCCGGACGUUUCGGAAAGCUGCGCACUCGUCUCAAAAGCGAUGCUUUCGAACCUGUUAGACUACUAUGAGGCCAGCAUUCGGGAGGUGAAGGACGGGAAGGAGCAUGCCAUGAUGCUUUCUCCACUGAAAUCACCGCGGCCAAAAGUGAGCGUUAUAAGUCCAGGAAUGACGAUUAAAAAACCUUUCUCAACACCACCGGCCGAAGGAAAAUGUUCAUCGCGAAGUGAAAUGGUACCGACUGUAUGCAAUUUAGGAGAGGAAAAUGUAAAGAAUCGGGACCUUGAAGGCGGAAAAGAUGAUACAAUUCCGAAUAGUCCUUCGUUGCUUAACCGUCAAUCCGGCGAAGGUGGAUCUAAAUCGAAUACAUCAUCCGAGAGCGUGGGCAUAAACAAUAAAACCCAUGAGAUGUUGAAUACAGAUCAUCCGGUAAACAAACCGGUGGUCGAUGAGGUCCUCAGUCCCGCACAUAGCAGUGUGGCGGAUUAUAAUGCUUACGAAGCUAUGAAAACGCUCGUCACUUCGAGCCCGAAUGAAAAACUUGCCGAUACGCCUAAUUCCCAGCUUGAUCGAGAUCGGAACGUUAUCAGCUAUCUACAAGAAGCACGUAGUCAGAUCGAUAUGGCAUUAUUAUUGAUGAAAAUCAACAACACGCAGGACGUUUCGAAUGGUUUUGGGGGCACUAGUACGCCCCAGAAUGCAUCUACCAUGGCGCGAAAGCCAUGCGUUUCAACUCCCAAAGUUGCACAACCCCGCUCUAGCUCGUUGCUGAGCAUCGAACGAAGACGUCCACAGGCUGAUGUUGGAGCAGUGAAGAAAAUUUCAUCUGCAUCCACGGUCCAGUCUAUUUCUACAUUGUCCAUUGGCAGUGCUGCAGGCCGUCCGGACACACCGAGACCUUCCGCGGCACAAUUGAAAUCUGUGGUGGCGUUGCGCAAACCCGUUGGCAUGCGACCACCAGUUUUGCCAAGUGGUACACCACAAGUACAGCAGACUCUUGUUGGUUUGAAAAAACCGUCCACAAGUUCUAUUGCAUUGCUAUCGAGGCAAAGAAAGUUGUUGCCACCGAGCAUUCCCGUGCCGACCUCAACGCCCGGAAGAACAAUUCCCAAAACUAUGGCGCCUGGACGACAAUCGUCAGGCGUUGGCUUAAUUCAACGAUCGUCAAGCGCUUCGUAUAUAAGCAAAAAAUAGAUUCAACAGCAAAAAGAACCUUGAUAUUAUCAUAGAAUCGUACGCAGGGCGCAUAGCUUGUAUAUAUUGCAUGGAAUAAUUGUAUUAAAAGCCAAUUCCAUUUGAUGAUUGUCUCAAAUAAACUGUUUCGUUUGUCUUUAAAAAGG